AGUGAAUCACCGACACGGUUAUAAAAAAAAACCUAUACUUGUAUCCGUCAGCAAUAAUCGAAUUUCUUAGAAACAUUCAUCGCUCUCCAGCUUUCGUCUCACCCCUUUUGUACGUUGCGUGUUCUCUGUUCAUCUUCGGCGACAGAACAAACUGCUCCAAACUGUGGCAGAAUGGGUUGUGAGUCGACAGCCAAGUACAGGUCCUUGGCGUCAAUGGCAGAGACGGAGACGGAGACGGAGACAGAGGCAGGGGCAGAGCAAGAAGAAGGGGGUUGUAUAUCAUGCACUACUUUCAAUAUCCUGGCUCCCAUCUACAAGCGACUCGAUCAACAGUGGCUUUAUGUUAUAGUGGGUGUGGAACAGAAUCAAAGUCUUCGUGAAAGCGACUUCAGGGCGUUCUGGAGGGGCCGGAACCAGGGGAUUUUGGAUUGGUUGCUCCAUGAAUCGUCCUCCGUUGUUAUAUGUCUACAGGAAUUCUGGGUUGGAAAUAAUGAACUUGUGCAUAUGUACCGGGAGAGGCUCGGCCAUGCAGGCUAUACUAUCUUCAAGCUUGCACGAACCAACAACCGUGGAGAUGGUCUGUUGACUGCCAUACAUAAGGACUACUUAAGGGUUUUGGAUUAUCGAGAGUUGCUUUUUAAUGACUUUGGUGACCGUGUUGCUCAGCUGUUUCAUGUUGAGUCAGUUGUCCCUUUUUUACAAGACCACCAGGGCAACGUUGGACAAGAAACUCUAAUUGUGAACACCCACUUGCUAUUUCCUCAUGAUUCAAGUCUAUCUCUUGUAAGACUGCGUCAGGUUUACAAAAUACUGCAAUAUGUGGAAUCAUAUCAGAGAGAAAAAAAACUCAAACCCACUCCUAUCAUACUAUGUGGUGACUGGAACGGAAGCAAGCGUGGGCAUGUUUACAAGUUCCUUAGGUCACAGGGAUUUGUAUCAUCAUAUGAUACUGCCCAUAAAUAUACCGACAGUGAUGCAGAUGCUCACAAGUGGGUUAGCCACCGCAAUCAUAGGGGAAACAUCUGUGGCGUUGAUUUCAUUUGGCUUUGUAAUCCUAACAAGUCGCUCAAACCAUUGAGAACAAGUUGGGCUGAAGCAGUUUUUGGAAUAAUUAAGUAUGUGCUUCGAAAAACUUCAGAUGAUGCAUUUGCCUUUCUAAAGGGUGACAACCAUGUGGAUUUUAUUACAUUUUCCAACUUCUGUGAAGCACUCCACCGGGUUAAGUUAAUUGGUCUUCCUUGUGGGCUAAGUUUCCAAGAGAUAAAGGAUCUGUGGACCCAAGCAGACAUCAAUGGAGAUGGUGUUGUUGAUUAUGAAGAAUUCAAGCAGAAGAUUUGGAAUCCUACAUGGUCAAGGCAGACAGAGGAGUAUAUUGAGACAAGUAUAGAAGAACUCAAACAGAGCACCACCAAGGAAGCCAUCGGUUUCAAAGUGAAGAAUGCAGCUCUCUUCCCUCGGGAAGUGGAGAAAGGAAUCUGGCCAGAAAACUACUCUCUUUCUGAUCAUGCCUCACUCACUGUUGUCUUUUCACCUGUAAGCUUGCGGUCUUCUCAGUCCAAUAAUCAUACUUAGGCAUUCAUAGCGUACUAGGAACCUAACAAUGAAGAACACAAUAAAAAAAAAAAAAAAAUGUUAAUCUUAGGGAAACUUGUAUGUCCAGCCUGUAGAAAUCCUUUGCUGGCUGCUCCCGUUGGGGAGGAUGAAAUGUAAAGAAAUUCUGUAACCACUUUCGGUCAGCCUCAGCCAUUUUUUAGAGGCCAAGACUGAAAAGUACAUUUCAGAUGCUUUAUAAUGAGAAAUGCUCAACCAGAAGUAACCCAUUCAAGGGAUUUGGAAA